ACUCUUCGAUAUCCAGAGCCUGGCUGCAAAGGCCUUCUCCUCUGACGGUUACAUCACCGUUUAUCGUCGCAUUAAACUCUCAAUAAUGCUUCUCUCCCUCGGCUAGGUGAGAGAAGAUGGCCAUGGCGACGAGCUUCGCGACGACAGGCCGCCUUCAGGUGUUGCGAGACCCAGGUGAUCAUUUUCAGGAUGGUGUCGACAUUGUCCUUAUUCCUGGUAUAGGAACCACCUCGCCAGAAAAUUGGCCGUUUGCCGACCACGAAUGGCUUGCGAGCUUACCCGAUUCUGGUGCUGGGGCUCGCAUUCUCGCAUACGAAUAUGCUUCCCCAUUUGCGGUCACCAAGCCAUCAUGGGAGUCGAUUUUGAUGUUAGGCUAUGAUCUUCUCCAACAUUUACUUGAUGUGCGAUCACAGGUAACCUAUAAUUCUGUCGACACAAAACCAAUUGUGGUAGUCUGCCACAGUUUAGGUGGUAUUGUAGUCAAGCAGGCUUUGUGUGUCGCUAAUAAGCAAUUUCCUCGUUACGGAUCGAUUGUCAAUGCCAUAGCUGGUGUCAUCUUCCUAAGCACUCCGCAUCGCUAUGGAGACAAGACCACGAGCUUGUCGCGUUUUCGAGAUGUAUUGGAGGCGACGACGGGGAAAAGCCUAAAGAUUCCGAGCGCAAAUAUUGAGCAAGAAGGUGCCAUUUUGCUUGAUCUGGCCGAUCGAUUCGAAGGAAUCUCGUUUCGUACCCCAAUACUGUCUGUAUACGAGCUGCGUGAAUCGAAAAACACCUCAACGCCAUUACGCCCAAAAUACCAACAGCUGGUCAACCGCGAAGCUUGCUCGACCCACGCUCCAAUGGAAACAGUGAUUGGACUCAAUCUCAAUCAUAACGACACAUGCCUUUUUACCAAGAGCGUUGGAGGCGAAGGCUUAUCUGAGCUCAACAAAUUCAUGUAUGAGACUUUGCGUGAUGCCGUUCAGCUCGUUGCAAUUCGACUCGAGGACCAGGAAUAUCAGUACGCAACAAUGAGCUCUUAUUCGCCCACAAUAAGCGAAAUGCCCCUCAAACUUGAGCAAAUGGAACUCACCGAAUGGCCUUCGAACAACGCAACGGAAUGGCCGUCUAAUAGAGCAACUGAAGGAACGUCUCUGUCAGGCUUUGAACUUGUACAUCCCUCAACGCCGAAUCCCGAGACACGAAAAACCCUUCAUUUACCGUGUUUUCUUCUCAACACACAUACCUCAAAUGCCGAUUUUUGUGGCCGCGAAGAUAUCUUGGAGCGACUUGCGACCGAACUAUUGCCUUCUAAAAGCGCUGUGACAGCAUCAGGAAUUGCUCUACGACAAUUCGCUCUUUGCGGAUUUGGAGGAAUCGGAAAGACUGAGAUAGCGCGCGAGUUUGCCCGACGGCAUAGAGAAUCGUUUGAUGCCGUGUUCUGGGUCAUAGCAGAUGAGAUUGCAAAACUUGAUCAGCAUUUCCAGCAAAUCUCGUUGGCACUGGGGCUUGAAACUUCGGCCGAGUGUAAAAGCCAAGUGGUAAGCCGAGAGAUUGUGAAAGGAUGGCUCUCCAACCCUCGAAAGAAUUUGUCGGGGCUGGACGAGUUUGCUCAGCCCGGUCAAGUGAAAUCAGAAGCGAACUGGCUGCUCAUCUUCGACAACGCAGAUGAUCCCAUGAUCCUAGCUGACUACUGGCCGCAAGGGAGCGGAUCAAUUCUUAUCACUAGCCGGGAUCCAUUGGCAAAGAGCAUGUUUACGAGGCGGCCUCAGGGUAUGGAUCUCGGUCCACUAUCAGAGCAAGACAGCAUAUCUCUAUUCAAUCAUCUUACUACGGCUUCUAAUGACGCAGAAGACGACACCGCACGAAAAAUUGCCGAUGCACUUGGCGGAGUGCCAUUAGCCAUCUCUCAGAUGGCAGGUAUCAUCCGUCGCCAGGACCUUACCUUAGAUGAAUUUCUGGAGCUCUAUGCAGAUCACGAAGAGCAUGCCAGCCUUUAUGAGACAAAAUUUGACACUGAUUUGAUCACCUAUCGCUAUUCUCUAUCUACUGUUUGGGCAUUUGAGAAAUUGAAAUCUCACGCUCGGCAAUUGUUAGAGCUAAUCUCAUUUCUUGAUCCUGAUGCUAUAGGAGAAGACUUGCUGAUGGCAGCGUCUAUGGAGCUGUUUUCCGACGGCACCCAAUUCAAGAAGAGUAACUACAUGGAAGCUCGAUCCGAUUUGUUACAGUCGUCUCUAGUCUCCAGGGAUAAGCAAAAGCAGCAGAUAUCAGUUCACCGCCUAGUACAAGAUGCAGUUCUAACAACAAUGGAUAUCGAAAAGAAACAAUUCAUGUUCGGCCAAGUUGCUCGGAUCCUUUGGGCCGAUUGGCCAUCAGCAAUGCCUAAGCCAUCAAAGGAGCCAGAGCUACCCAAGCCCAAAUCAAGCGGCGGCAGAUUACACGUCUCCAGAUGGCCCGUUUGUGCAUCAAUUUACCCUCACGUCCUCAAGAUGCACCAACUUUGGUCGACAAUGUCAGAUCUUUCUGAAGCAACUAGUAUGCUUUUCGCAAAACUCCUUGUUGAAGCUGCUUGGUAUCAAAAGGAGCGGGGACGGACCAAACAUUUUGACGGCUUCUUCUCUACAGCUAUCCGCAUAUGCGACCCGUCGACACAUCCGGAUCGAGAUGCUCUACUGGCAGAUAUUCAUUUUUGCUUAGGGGCUGUUGCCAUGGAUGCAAGCGAUUUUAAUGCGAGUCGCAUUCAGAAAGAGCUUUCCCUCGAACUGGUAUCCAAAAUUUGCAAGGAAUUGGGAACUCAAGAUGAGAGGUUAUACCUCGCUGUCGCAGAGCUAGGCAUUUCGCGCAUCCAGGAUAAACGAUACGAAGAAGGUGAGGCUGCUCUUAAAGAGGCGCUGCGCAUGCGUAAAGCGCUCGGCAACUACAUUCCUAGGUCGGGCGAGGCCAACCUAAGCUGGGCUCUUCUCGCGCAGGGCAAACUAGAAGAAUGCGACACACUUCUUCUGGAUAGUUUGGCCGGUAGAGAGAAGGCUUUAGGAAAGGAUGACAGGGAAUCUGUUCGAACUGGACUGAUCCUCUAUGCACUUGGCAACCUUCGCGCCGCUCAAGAUAGGUGGGAGGAGAGUUUCGAAUACCACCAGAGAGCAUGGCGCCAUAUGCUUGCGACAGUAGGGGAACGAGAUUUCUACACAGCAAAUGUCUUCCACAAGUUGGCUGAGCACUACAUUCGCUUAGGUCGGAACGAAGAAGCUAUUGCAAUGAUCAACUGGGCGCUAGAUAUCUGGUCUGUAGAUCCGACAGCGCAUAAGAAUGAGAUUGCUCGCACGACUUUUCUCAAGGGAAAGUUGUUCGAAGCAACAGGCAAGGCACAGAAGGCUUCUAUUGCUCUUAGGGUUGCCUGUCGCUUGAGGAAGGAGAUUACGAAGGAAGAUCGCGAUGCGAAGAGUUUGACAACUAAGGAUUUUGACGAAAUUGUUGCCUUUUGGGCUCGUUGAUGACACAUGACACCGCCUUUGUUUAGUUAUUGGGAUGAAAGAAUGUAAAGAAUUUGAUGAUUAUUAUGACGCUUCAUCAAUUGGGAUUGUAAGUAGCUAAACAGCAUCCCAACUUAAAUAAUGCUACAUACCUAUACAGUGCUACAACGGCCCUUGCGAAUAUCUAUUUUACAGAUAUGCUUGGAGAGUUGAAUAGCCACUCUACUCGAGGUAUCAGGUGCCAAUCCACUUCAUCAGCCCACAAUACUAU